UCGAUUCUGGUUACGAUUCAGUUCUGUGGAGUCGAUUCCUAUUCUAACCCUAGACUUGUUUUGAUUCCGUCACUGUUUGAUACCUUUUUUUGAGGAGUCGAUUCUGGUUACGAUUCAGUUCUGUGGAGUCGAUUCCUAUUCUAACCCUAGACUUGUUUUGAUUCCGUCCCUAUUUGAUACCAUUUCCCGGAGUCGAUUCCGGUUAUAAUUGCAUUUUUAAGAGUCGGUUCUGGUUCUGAUAUUAGUAAUAGUGUGUGACAGAACUAUAAUGUGAACACGAGCAGAAAUAAAUAAACAGUUGUUGCUGUAAAACAGCAAACAGACGCUUUUUAUUCGGUGCAUCGUGACAUUUAAGGCUCUUUGUGCUUCCGUUAUUGCACUUAAGUACACCUGUAUAAAUGCCACGCGUUCCUAAACCCGACUCUGUGAUGAUUAGUGUUAUAACGUGAACAUUAAUGUAAUUAAAGUGUUAUUUACAGUCUAUAAGAGUCUCUUGAGCGCGCGAGAGCGAGCAGGAGGGGGGCUUGAAACCGUCUCUCAUUUCCUCUUGCCUUGUUUUGUUUUGUCCUCGCGCGGGUUCUCCAUGUUGGAACCGAACUGAGCCAUUUUUAUUUUCACUCUUUUACUUUAUGGCUCCAGAAAAGCGCCACUGAGGAUUUCUAUAAAGGACAAAUUGCGCGAGGCGGAAGUUUGUUUUGGGGGCGAAAGGCGCGCGCUCGUGUUUGGAUGCAGUGUGUUUUUAAUGGUUUAUUUCUGUGUGUGUGUGAAUGUGAGUGUGUGUGUGUGAGAGUGUGUGUGUGUGAGACAGAGUGUGUGUGAGACAGUGUGUGUGUGUGUGUGAGAGAGUGUGUGUGUGUGAGACAGAGUGUGUGUGAGACAGUGUGUGUGAGUGUAACAGACUGUGUGAGUAAUGCGUGUUUAAUGAAAGUGAGAUUGAGAAACUGGAUUUUAUUAGAUGGAAAGUUCUGUCAUCACACAAGUGCAGAGAGAAGAUCAGCUGCCCUCCAAAACAGGCCAGGUGAAAAAAUGUUCUCUGAAAAAGCCCCGGAGCAGAAACAUCUUUAAAGCUCUGUUCUGCUGCCUGAGGGCACAAGAUGCUGCUCAGACCCCGCUGCCUUCCCAUGAUGCCUUGCUCCCUACAGAGGACAACGGAUCCAUCACAAAGGUGUGUGAGUCGAGUCUGCUGCCGGACGUGACUCCUGAGGACGAGGGGAAGAUCUGUGUGGUCAUUGAUCUGGAUGAGACUCUGGUCCACAGCUCCUUUAAGCCAAUCAGCAACGCCGACUUUAUCGUCCCGGUGGAGAUCGAGGGCACCACCCACCAGGUGUACGUCCUCAAGAGGCCACAUGUCGAUAAGUUCCUCCAGCGAAUGGGAGAGAUGUUUGAGUGUGUGUUGUUCACCGCCAGCCUCGCUAAAUACGCUGACCCGGUUACAGAUUUACUGGAUCAGUGUGGAGUUUUCCGAGCGAGACUGUUCCGAGAGUCGUGUGUUUUCCAUCAUGGCUGUUAUGUUAAAGAUCUGAGUCGACUCGGCCGACAGCUCAACAAAACCCUCAUCCUGGACAAUUCUCCUGCAUCCUACAUCUUCCAUCCUGAAAACGCUGUCCCUGUGCUGUCGUGGUUCGAUGACGUAGAGGACACGGAGCUGCUGAAUUUACUGCCCGUGUUUGAGGAACUGAGCUGCACCGAUGAUGUUUACGCCAAACUGCGUCAGCUCCGAGAGCCGUGACGUCAAUCACUCCUCAGGCUCCAGCUCUGAACCUCCCAACCUCAAAACCUCGCCUUUACAACCUCGCACAUGCCUUAAUCUGCCUGUCAGACAAAACAACAUGCAUCACUGAGCGAAUGUCGCUGUCCUCUUCAUCAUCAUCAUCAUCAUCAUCUUUCAGCGUUCCGUCGUGUUUAAUGAACUCAGAUGCUGAAACUUUCUAAAGGAUUUUUUUGUGUCAGGGAACAAAAAGAACCAAACACUAAAACACUCCAUCAAACACCAGCUCAGAUGUAGAUUAUAAAUCUGAGCACAUAAAGCACAGGAACACACACACACACACACACACACACACACACACACACACACACCAGUCACUUCUCAGGUUUAACUUUAUUACCCAAAUUUAUUCCAAAAUGAUUUCAGAUCUUUUAAAAGUUAAAUCCAAAAUGAACCUUUUUACACACACACACACACACACACAUCUUAUACUGUAUCAACACAAAUUUCCCAAAUUCUCCUGAUUUUAAAUCUGCCUACAUGUAACUGGGUUUUAAACUUUUAUCCAAUCAGAAACUCGAGUAUUUUGAACAGUUUUUAACAAUAAACAUUUACAAUUUUAUUUUAUACGUUUAUUUUGGACAAAGCCACAGUUUUUUUUUCUCAGUGUUUUUGAAACUGUAGCAUUAUUUUUUAGCCAAUCAUAAAAAUGAUCCAAAAUCUCGUAACUUUCAGCUUUACCAAAGUUUCUGUGUUUUCCCUUUAUUUUAGUUGUAGGUGAAUAAAGACGUCACUGACCUCAGCGCUGCAGAUUAAACUCUAAACACUUUCAACACAAACGUAUUAAACUUUAAGGUCUCUGUGAUUUGGACCUGAGGAACGUUUCUGCUGGUCAGAGGAGCUUUUAAACUCCAAGCCAAAAAAACUAAAAACAUUUCUUGUUCUUGUAGCAGUUUUGUGAUCAGACACCUGAUUGGACGUGGAUUUGUUUCUGCUUUAAAGUGUAAAUCAUUUUUAUUUGAGAUUUGAGUUACAAUCAUCGUCACUGAGCUCCAUCAUUAUGUUGUGUAACUUUACUGUGUGGCUCAAAGUGUUUGUUUAACCCUGAAUAGCUAGGAAGCUAAUGUAGCUAACGUAACGGGAGCGUACGGCCCCCACGACUCAUCACACACUCGUACGGCCCCCACGACUCAUCACACACUCGUACGGCCCCCACGACUCAUCACACACUCGUAAGGCCCCCACGACUCAUCACACACUCGUACGGCCCCCACGACUCAUCACACACUCGUACGGCCCCCACGACUCAUCACACACUCGUACGGCCCCCACGACUCAUCACACACUAUUACAUUUUAACUCACUUUAAAGUUUUAACAGAUUUUUAUGUGAUUUAAAUUGAGUGUCUCAGUUUGGAUUAAAUUUCUGGGUUUGUUUUUUUGUCCUAAAUACAUUUUUACUUUUCCUACGUUUUUUUUUCUUAUUCCUCAGUAAAGUUGCUGCUUCCGUUUUUUAUUAUUAAUUUUCUAACAGGAACAGAUUUUUGAUCAUUAUAAAUCAGUGAUCACACACACACACAUACACACACACACAUACACACACACACUUUUGUUCUGUAGUAGAAAUGUGUCGUGUCAAAAGUGAAUGGAAACACAAACGUUUCUGACCUGCUCAGUAUUCUAUCACACACAUACACACACACACACACACACACACAAACACACACACGUUUAUUGUACACAGAGAUUCAGACUAUGCAGACUGUAAAAUGAUAAAAACCUUCCUGUUGAUUUUGUUUACAGUUUUUUUCCUUACACAUUUUUACUGUUUGACAUUAAAUAUAAACCUGCUGGAGCUUCUACAGUUCUGUUUAUAAAAUAUAUAUAUAUUUUUUUCAUUUAUGAAAUUUGGAACUUGGCAAUAAAAUGAUUGUUUCUACGAA